AUGAUAUGGUCAUGUCACUUUACCGGAACAGGAUCCAGGAACCACUCUCUGAUGUUAAAGAAGGAAAACCGCAAAUUAUAUAUAUGCCCAUAUUUCCGAGGAGGUCUCGGAAAUUUAAUGUUUCAAUACGCGUCUGUUUAUGGAAUUUCUAGAACUAAUAACAUCGAAAUAGGAUUAUAUCCUGAUGAUGAACUUUAUAAUAUAUUUGAACUCAUACCGCCAACACUGUCAGACAGAAAGGUUUAUUCAAAGGCUCGGCAAUAUAUAGGAAGUAUCAGGGAUUGCGCAUAUGAUGUUAGCAAUGUACGAAUACCCCAAGACAGCAAUAUUGUACAUUUAUCUUUCUUACAAUCAUGGAAAUACUUUGAUGAUGUUCGAAAUGAUAUCAGACAGCAUUUUACUUUUAAAAAGGAAAUCAGGAAACAAGCUCACGACUUGAUCAAUACAACUUUGUUGAGAACACAAUUUUCGAUUAAUAGCAAAGCAACUCUUGUUGGAAUUCACAUACGAAGAGGAGAUUAUCUGAACAAAGACAAGAGAAAGUUUGGUUACCGUGUGGCGGAUAAGGAGUAUUUCAAGCGAACAAUGAGUUUUUUUCGCUCCAAAUAUGGAAAUGUAUUAUUUUUGGUAUUCACAAAUCCAGUUGACGAUGAUAUGAUGUGGUGCAAGUCGAACUUGAAAGGAAAUGACGUUGUCUAUAUGUUCGGAAACUCUCGGGGAGUGGACCUCUGCAUUUUGACACUUUGUGAUCAUGUGAUUACUAGUGUUGGGACAUUUGGAUGGUGGGCGGCGUUUUUGAACAACGGAACAAAAACAUACUUUCGUAAUUUUGUAACCCCGGGGUCGGAUUAUGAACAAUGUUUUAUGGAUAAUGGGUUUGAUUACUUGUAUCCAGGAUGGUACGGCUUUUAA